GACUUUGUUCGAGAACGUAAACAAUCAUGGCGGACUGCGAAACUGAACGUCCUGUGUAUCUAGCUAUCAGCAACGUCCCCGCAGCCUUCCACUCAGCGGACCUGAGGAAUUACUUUAGUCAGUUUAUAGAAAGCGGUGGUUUUCACUGUUUUCACUACCGACACCGACCGGAAGUUCUGAGGGACCCCGAGGGCUCCGAACCCACAGUGGGCGAAGACGGAGAGAAUGCUAGCUCCGCAUCCCCAGAACCCCGCGAAUCAACGCCGAGCAGCUGCGUGUCAAAGACGGCGGUGAAGUCGUGCUGUUGUGUCGUUUCGGUCCGUGCUAAACAUGCGGACCGGUUCAUCGGGAUGUAUGCUGGGAACCACUGGAUCGAGUCGAAGGGCAACUGGCUGGCCAGACGCUGUGUUAUCAGAAGAAUAAGAGUCUCCCAUGACAAAGGCGAAGGUUCCUUCCCUUAUAAAACCAAGUAUGAGCAACGUCACCAUGUCUCCUUAGCUGAACAGUUCACUGAAGCUGACCUUGAUAGCCUUCCAGAGCUGAACCCACCUGCUCUGAUGCAGAAUGGGAACGUGGGCACGCCCAUCAAAGUCUUCCUCCAACUCAUCCAAUCCUGUCGCCUACCUCCGCGCCUUAUCCGGAAGCUGGGCCUUACUUUCCCAAAGACCGGCUCCAGCCGUCGUUACGGAAACGUACCUUUCCAGUACCACAAUACGUGCAUCCUUCCAGCCACAGAGGAGACCGUGUUAACAGCUGCUGGACACGAGAUAUCGGGCCCAGGCUCUUUGACUGCUCCGUCUUCAAGAACGAGGCUGCUAGCUGAUGAUGCACACACAACAGAGGCUGAUGACACUCAGAAUGAAGAAGAAGGGGAGGAUGCGCAGUCAAAUGCGGAUGAUGAUGAUGACCGCUGUGAAGAGUGGGAACGCCACGAGGCCCUGCAUGAUGAUGUGACAAGCCAGGAGCGGAGCAAAGAGAGGCUUUAUGAGGAAGAGAUUGAGUUAAAGUGGGAAAAAGGAGGUUCUGGUCUGGUUUUCUACACUGAUGCUCAGUACUGGCAGGAGGAAGAAGGAGAUUUUGAUGAGCAAACAGCGGACGACUGGGAUGUUGAUAUGAGUGUUUACUAUGAUAAAGAUGGAGGCGACAUGGACGCUCGUGACUACAUAAAAAUGCGCUACGAAAGGAGGUUAAGGGAUGGUAUUGAAGAUGGAUCAGGCCACAAUCAGUCUAUUGGCAGCUUUGAGAGGUUUACUAAAGGCUUUGGCCGACGCGUUAUGGAGAAGCAGGGCUGGAGGGAUGGCGAAGGCCUGGGAAGCAGCCAGGUUGGGAUGUUUGAAGCUCUGGAGAAUGAGGGUCAACAUCCACGCUGUAAAAGAGGCUUUGGGUAUCAUGGAGAAAAGCUGGUGUUACACCCUGUAAAGAGGGCCAGAACCGAUUUUUUUAUCAGUACAGUGUACGAUAAACCCAAAGACAUAGAUAAAGGUGACACCUUACUGAGACGGCAACCCAACACCAGCAUGAAGUACCGAGGCUGGCAGCCAGGUGGCAGCAUAGGAUUAAAAAGAUGACAUCUUGCUCCAUCGCAAAACAUCUACCUCCGUUUUAUUUAUUGUAUUUUUAUAAUAAAACCUUUUUUAAUCAUUUAA